CAAUCACGCACCCAGCUGGAGCGAACUGAACGGCUUCCGGGCUUGGCGGGCCUUUGUCUCUCGCUGCAGCCGGAGCUUCAGGUUUCGUUUUUACUGCUCUGUCCUCUGCUCCUAGAGGCCCAGCCUCUGUGGGCCUGUGACCUGCAGGUAUUGGGAGAUCCACAGCUAAGACACUGGGACCCACUGGAAGCCUAGAAAUGGGACCAUUGCAAUUUAGAGAUGUGGCCAUAGAAUUCUCUCUGGAGGAGUGGCAUUGCCUGGACACUACACAGCGGAAUUUGUAUACAGAUGUGAUGUUAGAGAACUACAGAAACCUGGUCUUCCUUGGUAUUGUUGUCUCUAAGCCAGACCUGAUCACUUGUCUGGAGCAAGGAAAAAAACCUUUGACUGUGAAGAAACGUGAGAUGAUUGCCACACCCCCAGUUAUGUGUUCUCAUUUAGCCCAAGACCUUUGGCCAGAGCACAGCAUAAAAGAUUCUUUUCAAAAAGUAAUACUGAGAAGCUAUGAAAAAUGUGAACAUGACGAUUUGCAGUUCAAAAAAGGCUGUAAAAGUGUGGAUGAGUAUAAGGUACACAAAAGAGGUUAUAAUGGACUUAACCAAUGUUUGAGAACUACCCAGAGAAAUAUAUUUCAAUGUGAUAAAUAUGUGAAAGCCUUUAAUAAAUUUUCAAAUUCAAACAGACAUAAGAUAAAACAUACUGGAAAAAAACCUUUGAAAUAUAUAGAAUGUGGAAAAGCUUUUAACCAGUCCUCAAGCCUUACGACACAUAAGGAAAUUCAUACAGGAGAGAAACCCUACAAAUGUGAAGAAUGUGGCAAAGCCUUUAAGCAGUUCACCAACCUUACUAUACAUAAGAAAAUUCAUACUGGAGAGAAACCCUACACAUGUAGAGAAUGUGGCAAAGCUUUUAACCACCCCUCAACCCUUUUUUCACAUAAGAAAAUUCAUACUGGAGCGAAACCAUACAAGUGUAAUAAAUGUGGCAAAGCCUUUAUUUCUUCCUCAACCCUUACUAAACAUGAGAUAAUUCAUACUGGAGAGAAACCCUACAAAUGUGAAGAAUGUGGCAAAGCUUUUAACCGUUCCUCAAACCUUACUAAACAUAAGAGAAUUCAUACUGGGGAUAUACGCUACAAAUGUGAUGAAUGUGGCAAAACCUUUCCUUGGUCCUCAAGCCUCACUAAACAUAAGAGAGCUCAUACUGGAGAGAAACCCUACAAAUGUGAAGAAUGUGGCAAAGCUUUUACUGCAUUCUCAACUCUAACUGAGCAUAAGAUAAUUCAUACUGGAGAGAAACCUUACAAAUGUGAGAAAUGUGGCAAAGCUUUUAACUGGUCCUCAACCCUUAAUAAACAUAAGAGAAUUCAUAUUGGACAGAAGUCCUAUAGUGAAGAAUGUGGCAAAUCUUUUAAAUGUUCCUCAAGCCUUAAUAAACAUAAGAUAAUUCAUACUGGAGAGAAACAAAGAUGUGAUGAAUGUGGGAAACCCUUUAACAAGCCCUCAACUUUUACUAAAUGUGAGAAUUUAUAUGGAACAUAAACCCUACCAAUAUAAAGAAUAUGACAAAGACUUAAGGAAGUUCUCAACCCUUAUUACACAUAAUUCAUGCUUGACAGAAACCCUACAAGUGUGAAGAAUGUGGCAAAGCCUAUAACAAGUUUAACAAGUUCUCAAUUCUUUUUUUUUUUUUU